CGCUGGCCGAGGAACAUCCCUUGCAACGCGGUUGAUGUGGUAAUGGGGACAGCUCGCUGUGAUAAGCUGAGCAGAAUAUAACAACACAGGCGAUCAGGAUUGAACUUUUUGCGAUAAUGCGUCCAAUGUUUUGCCAUAAUUCAUAAGUGGAGAUCGAGAGAUCUUCUCUGCUAAGGUUAUGCACACUCUGUAAUCGAAUGUGGGAACCAGCCAUGAUAUGUAGUUGCACCAUGUCACCAGAGGUUGCUCAUGACGAAUUCCAACCGUGUUCAAACAGCUGAACAAAAGCGCGUUGCUGUUGUCAUUUCUGACUGCACCUCGAAACCAGAAUCUGACGCGAUCUUGGGAAGAACUCCCGUCGCCAUGGACGAUCUCCUCCAAUCCUUCGCAUCCCGCAUAACAGACUUGAAGGCCAUCGCGCUGCUGCGCACUCCUACGUUAGAACAAAGCAUCCUGAACAAUGAGGAUUUUCAGAGUCUCUGGCGUGCAGUGGAAGAUUUGGACCAGCGGGUAGGCUACAUACGCACCCAGAUACUGCAAGAGCAGAAAGCCCUGGAGAAAUCGCGCGCAAUUCACGAAGCGUUGGAUGAACAACGAAAAGAUCUGGAACAUAUGCUUGCCAAUGUCCCUAAACACUUACCGCUGCCUCAGAGAUCUACAAAGGCAAGCAUGAGGUAUAAUCGUCCAACGAAAAAUCAAAUCCAAGAGAUUGAGGCGGAGAGUGAUGAAGAGAAUAUGGAAGGGCAAAGACCGAAGGUGGCGGAUCCAGGUUCCCUCAAAGUUCUGGGCAAUAACCAAGGGGAGAAUAAGUCCAAAGUCGCUGGGGGCCUAAGAAAGAUGAAGAAGGUAGACGCAACGGCUGAUGCACCAUCUAAAAAGACGUCAGCAAAGUUGAACACGACGGUAGCCCCUGUAACGGUUGCUGAGUUUGAAUCAUUACCAAAAUAUUUGGUCGGGCGACUGAACCGGGAUCGACUAAACGAUCAGAUCUCAGAAUUCGCACAAUUGGUGGCUGAUAAACAUACAAUGUUGCGAAUAUCACCACCAAAGAUGACAAAAAGUCAGCGAGACGUCUUCUGGGAGCACCGGAAAGCUGCAACCGCCGAAACAACAGGAAAAGCAUUCAUAACAGAGAAGGAUGUCCGCGAAAAGGGACAGUGGAGUAAGAGUGUUUUCCGAUUAGAUCCGACAGGUAGAAGUGUUAUAGCUAUUAUGAGGCAUUUGGGGAGGAUAAAGGAAGUGCGAGGGGGUGGACAUUCACGGAUCGUCAUCGUUUAGCUUUCCUCCUUUUGAAAUCCUUCAUAAAAGAAAGGCCACUUUAUUAUAUCUCAAA